AUGCCUGAGCCCCAGGAUACCAGGGGCUGGUGGCACGGUAUCUGGAUGAAGCCGACGCACACCAUCGUCAACUGCUGGUUCUGCAACCAGGACACGGUGGUGCCGUACGGGAACCGCAACUGCUGGGACUGUCCGCACUGCGAGCAGUACAACGGCUUCCAGGAGAACGGCGACUACAACAAGCCGAUCCCCGCCCAGUACCUGGAGCACCUGAACCACGUGGUGAGCAGCGUGCCGGGGCCCCGCCCCCCCGCGCAGCCGCAGCAGUGGGUGAGCAGCCAGGUGCUGCUGUGCCGCAGGUGCAGCCACCACCAGACCACCAAGAUCAAGCAGCUGGCCGCCUUCGCACCGCGUGACGAGGGCAGGUAUGACGAGGAGAUCGAGGUGUAUCGGCACCACCUGGAGCAGAUGUACAAGCUGUGCCGGCCCUGCCAGGCGGCCGUCGAGUACUACAUCAAGCACCAGAACCGCCAGCUGCGUGCCCUGCUGCUCAGCCACCAGUUCAAGCGCCGGGAAGCCGACCAGACCCACACGCAGAGCUUCUCCUCCUCGGCGAAGGCCCCGGUCCAGGUCAUUGUGCUCCGCGCCCUCGCCUUCCUGGCCUGCACCUUCCUGCUGACCAUCGCGUUCUAUGGCACCAGCAACCCCUUCGCCCCAGAGGCCACCCUGCCCCCGGCCCUGCCACCUGGUGGCAACGGCUCGGCCACCCCUGACAACGGCACUGCCCCCGGGGUCGACAGCUGGCAGCAGCUGCUGGGUCUGCUGCCCGAGCACGCGGCAGAGAAGCUGCGGGAGGCCUGGGCCUUCGGGCAGAGCCACCAGAUGGGCGUCGUGGCCCUGGGCCUGCUCACCUGCCUGCUGGCCAUGCUGCUGGCCGGCCGCAUCAGGUGUUUCCCGAGAGACUCGGCCGGCCUUUUCCCCACGAGCCCCGGCCUGGCCAUGCCCUGCCCGAGCGCCACCGGCCCUUCGCCGUCUCUGUUCAUCCCCACGCCGCCCGGCUUCCUGCCGCUCGCCAGCCAGCAGCUGUUCCGCUCGCCUCGACGGGCCUCACCCUCCUCGCUGCCGGGCCGCCUCAGCCGGGCCCUCUCGCUGGGGACCAUACCCUCCCUGACUCGGGCAGACUCAGGGUAUCUGUUCAGUGGGAGCCGCCCACCGUCUCAGGUGUCUCGAUCUGGAGAGGUUCCUGUUCCAGAUUACUUCUCUCUCCUGUCGGGAUGCUGUGCCUCGUCCCCACUCCCUUCCCCGGCGCCCUCCGUGGCCGGCUCCGUGGCCUCCAGCUCUGGCUCUCUGCGCCACCGCAGGCCCCUCAUCAGCCCGGCCCGGCUCAACCUGAAGGGGCAGAAGCUGCUGCUGUUCCCGUCGCCCCCCGGGGAGGGCCCCAACACCCCCAGCAGCUCAGACGAACCCUCGCCCCACAACGGCAGCCUCUUCCCCAUCGAGCCGCCGCACGUCCCACAGAGAUCACCGGCGCAGGACACGAAGCUCACUGUGGACAUGAGGUCGAUGCCAGAAAGAGGCAGUGCCUGCAGCAGCCGCUCCAUCAAGAAGGAGGAUGAUUCCUCUCAGUCCUCCACCUGCGUGGUGGACACCACCACCCAGGGGUGCGUGGAGGAGGCCGCCGCCUGGAAAGGUCGUGUGGGGCCCUCCCUGGUCCGGGGCCUCCUGGCCGUGAGCUUGGCUGCCAACGUUCUCUUCACUUCGGCCUACCUGUACCAGGUCCUGCGCUGA